CGCUCCUUCACGCACAUCCCUAGCGAUACCUUCCACCUCAUCUCGUCCCUCUCCGACGCUGUACCCAUCCUCGACCACACCGACUCUUCCUCUUGGCUGGCGCGCUUCCUCUUUCCUCGUGUUCCGGGGGACCCAGGCAUUAUCAAAGCCAGGAAGAUGAUCACGGACGUCUUUCAAAAGCAGCUAGGCCCCAGUGAUGGGAAGAAGGGCGGAGGAAUUAGGACAGGGUGGAAAGUCGAGGAGCAUGCGUCACAGGGAGAUACACCGCACGGGGUGAAGCCCUUCGUCAACGUGGUAGCGACCAAGGACCCAGAAGCACCACGCAAGCUAGUUCUUGCGGCACACUACGACUCAAAGUGGUUCGAAAGGGGCUCCUUCGUAGGUGCGACGGACAGCGCGGCUCCUUGCGCCAUGCUCAUCGAUCUAGCCAUCAGCCUUGAUGCGCUACUCGAGGGAGCAAAGAAGAAGCGCAAGGAGGGGAAAGGGACAGGUGACGGGCUGGAAGAUGUGACGCUACAGCUCAUCUUUUUUGAUGGGGAGGAGGCAUGGGAUCGUUGGACGCAUACGGACUCGAUCUACGGGAGUCGGGCUUUGGUUGCCAACUGGACGAAGAGCUACGACCAAUCUAGCCUCCCUUCGUCCUCGCAUGAGGCACGCCGCCUCACCACUCACGGCCGGCCCGUACGACGGAUCGAUAGCAUUGAUCACUUCAUCCUUCUCGACCUUCUCGGAGCUAAGCACCCAACAAUACCAUCCUACUACGCCUCGACGCAUUGGCUCUUCCGUGAGCUGCUGAGCGCAGAGCGUCGCCUACGGGACUCGGGCCACCUGUACCCUGACAUCAAGAGCAGCAAUGAGGCGCAAUCCUUCUUUGUAGACCGCGAUCCCAUGCUUGGAGCGGGCAUCGAGGACGACCAUCUGCCAUUUAUUGCGAACGGCGUGCCCGUGCUGCAUUUGAUCCCUACGCCGUUUCCUAGGGUGUGGCAUACGUUGAAGGAUGAUGCGAGUGCACUGGACUGGCCGACGAACUAUGCGUGGAGCAUGAUUCUUAGGCUGUUCACAGCAGAGUAUCUGGGGCUAGAGAUGCCUCAGCUCAUCAGGAAGGAU